AUGUCGAUCAUUUCACCUCGAUAAAGUUAGCAGCAGGAGCUAGCUAGCUUCUAACGUUAGUUUACUAGCCAGCUAGUAUGGGCAGAUGGUCUGCGUUCGCUAUUAUCUGAACAGCUCAAAUGUAUUGGUAACUCAACGUAGUGAAUUUACUUUUUGUGGUCUGUUAGUAGGCAAACAAGUGACUGACAACAGCAGAUUAAUGGGAACACGUAUUAUGAAAAAAGCUAGAUUGAUUUCGAGUCUUAACGUUACAGCUUUCUUUCCGGUCUUACUAAAUAUUUAUUUGGGAGGAUGAUGGCGUGUCCAUCUGUAUGGGGACAUCCCCCACAAUUGUUUUGGUUUUGUGCCUCGUUCUGAGUGUGGUGGCUAACUACAUACCGUAUAUAUGGGUGGCUAUAUCUGUUUGAUUGUGGACCCUAUGUCUUUGUUUUGGACUUUGCGACCCUGCAACUAUUGCUGUCACAGUGUAAUGUGGUGAGACCAUCUAAGAGUUGGUGUGUUUCCAGGUGUGGAGCAUGUGGACGUCCUGCUGUAACUGGUUCUGUCUGGACACUGCCACGGUGGAGGAGAGCAACAGCAGCAUGCGUCACCAGGCCUAUACUAACUCAGGUUACAGCAGCUACCCAUCGCCCCCACUCCCGGAACACACAUGCAAAGCCUGCGGAAGCCGCUUCGUCACCCUUGCCAGAAAGCAGCAUGUCUGCGUGGACUGCAAGAAGAACUACUGCGGCAGUUGUUCGGCCCAGCUUGAGCCCCGGCAACGCCUUUGCCACACUUGCCAGCGGUUUCACGGCACGCUUUUCGAGCGCACUGAGCUGAUGAAGCUCAAGGUGAAGGACCUGCGCGACUACCUCCACCUGCACGAGGUCUCAACACAGAUGUGCCGUGAGAAAGAGGAACUGGUGGAGCUGGUCCUGGGACAGCAGACACCAUCAUCCUCUGGCCCAAUCAUAAACCCUCUGACCCAAACACAGACCCCCACCGUGACCCAGCAUGAGACAACUCCUCUUCCAGCUCCCGAUACUACCACCACCACCACCACACCCUCCACACACCCCCACCCCACCUCCACAGACAAUGUCCCUUCACAGCCGCCACCCACUCAGGAGGGCAGUCAGACCCCGUCUGUGUUGUUGCCCUUGGGUCCUGAGGAGCCACUGGACACUGAGGGAGAUACAGAGCUGCAGGGAGAGCAGGAGCUGCAGUCCUCAGACACAGAUGAGGUGCUGGCACCAGGCCGCAGGGCGUCGCUGUCAGACCUGGCCACGGCAGACGACAUCGAGGCCCUCAGCGUCCGGCAGCUCAAGGAGAUCCUAGCCCGUAACUUUGUCAACUACAAGGGCUGCUGCGAGAAGUGGGAACUAAUGGAGAGGGUCACCCGCCUCUACCAUGACCAGAAGGACCUCCAGAAUCUGGUUUCAAGUACAAAUGACGGCACAGACCCCAGUGGUACCCCUGGCCAGGAAGAGAACCUGUGUAAGAUCUGCAUGGACUCUCCUAUUGACUGUGUCCUGCUGGAGUGCGGCCACAUGGUCACCUGCACCAAGUGUGGCAAGAGGAUGAACGAGUGCCCCAUCUGCAGGCAGUAUGUGGUGCGCGCCGUUCACAUCUUUAGAGCCUGAGACCUCCUAAGCCUUGGGAAUCCCCCCCACCUACCUCCCGUAAAUUAACAAGGGACUUGCUACAUGUGGCCUUACCUACCACCCAUAGGGCGGCAGGGUAGCCUAGUGGUUAGAGCGUUGGACUAGUAACCAGAAGGUUGCAAGUUCGAACCCCCGAGCUGACAAGGUACAAAUCUGUCGUUCUGCCCCUGAACAGGCAGUUAACCCACUGUUCCUAGGCAGUCAUUGAAAGUAAGAAUUUGUUCUUAACUGACUUGCCUAGUUAAAUUAAAAAUUAUAUUAAAAAAAUAGGCUAGACCAGGGGUAUUCAACUCUUACCAUAUGAGGUCCGGAGGCUGUUGGUUUUCUGUUCUACCUGAUACAUAUUUGCAUCUACCUGGUGUCCAAGGUGUAAAUCAGUCUGUGAUUAGAGGGGAACAAUGGAAUGAAAGCAUUGGAACUGGCUUUGAGGUCCAGAGUUGAGUUUGAGGGGACUAACCUCCUCUCCCUCCAGUUCUCCACUGCUCUGAUGGUCCUGGAGACCCAGAGUACUGGUUCCCCCUGCUGGAGGGAUGACCAGGGGAGGUUAUACCUUGAAGAAACCACACAAACCCAAUGACUGGACAUGGGCACUUCCUCCUUUUAUUGAUCCUACAGCUCAUAUCUUAAAGCCAAUAAGGAUAUUAUGUCAUAUUAUUAGAAUAAGAGUGCCUAAUAACAUAUAUGCAUUUUUCCUUUGGAGACCUACUACUAGUAAAUACAGUAAGGGGUCAUAUAUGACCCCUUACUGUAUAUGUAUGUAUGUAUGUAUGUAUGUAUGUAAGAAGGAACUGUGUGUAUACACACACACACACACACACAGUUCCUUCGGAAAGUAUUCAGAACCCUAGACUUUUCCCACAUUUUGCUACAUUACAGCCUUAUUCUAAAAUGUAUUCAGUUAUUUUUUCCCCCUCAACAAUCUACACACAAUACCCCAUAAUGACCAAGCAAAAACGGUUUCUUAAAAAAAAAAUGUUUGCUAAUUUAUUAAAAAUGAUAUAAAACUGAAGUAUCACAAGUAUUCAGACCCUUUCCUCAGUACUUUGUUGAAACACCUUUUGGCAGCGAAUACAGCCUCGAGUCUUCAUGUGUAUGACUCUACAAGCAGAUCCUGCAGAUCCUCUCAAGCUCUGUCAAGUUGGAUGGGGAGCGUUGCAGCACAGCUCUUUUCAGGUCUCGAGAGAUGUUCGAUCGGGUCCAUGUCUGGGCUCUGGCUGGGGGUAUUCAAGGACAUUCAGAGACUUGUCCCAAAGCCACUCCUGUGUUGUCUUGGCUGUGUGCUUAAGGUUGUUGUCAUGUUGAAAGGUGACCCUUCUCCCCAGUCUGUGGUCCUGAGCACUCUGGAGCAGGUUUUCAUCAAGGAUCUCUCUCUAUUUUGCACCGUUCAUCUUUCCCUCGAUCCUGACUGGUCUCCCAGUCCAUGCUGCUGAAAAACAUCCCCACAUCAUGAUGCUGCCACCACGCUUCACCGUAGAGAUGGUGCCAGGUUUCCUCCAGACGUGACGAUUGGCAUUCAUGCCAAAGAGUUCAAUCUUGGUUUCAUUCGUCCAGAGAAUCUUGUUUCUCAUGGUCUGAGAGUCCCUUUUGGCAAACUCCAAGCAGGCUGUCAUGUGCCUUUUACUGAGGAGUGGCUUCCGUUUGGCCACUCUACCAUAGAGGCCUGAUUGGUGGAGUGCUCCAGAGAUGGUUGUCCUUCUGGAAGGUUCUCCCAUCUCCACAGAGGAGCUCUGUCAGUGACCAUCAGGUUCUUGGGCACCUCCCUGACCAAGGCCCUUCUCCACCGAUUGCUCAGUUUGGCAGAGCGGCCAGCUCUAGGAGGAGUCUUGGUGCUUCCAAUCUUCUUCCAUUUAAGAAUGAUGGAGGCCACUGUGUUCUUGGGGACCUUCAAUGCUGAGAAAAAAAACAUGUUGUACCCUUCUCAAGAUCGGUGACUCGACACAAUCCUGUCUCAGAGCUCUACUGACAAUUCUUUCGAUCUCAUUGCUUGUUUUUUGCUUUGACAUGCACUGUCAACAGUUGGACCUUAUAUAGACAGGUGUGUGCCUUUCCAAAUCAUGUCCAAUAACUUGAAUUUGCCAAAGGUGGACUCGAAUCAAGUUUUAGGAAUAGGAUAAUCAAUGGAAACAAAAUGCACCGGAGAUCAAUUUCGAAUCUCAUAGCAAAGGGUCUGAAUACUUAUGUAAAUAAGGUAUUUCUGUUUUUAAUAAAUUAGCUUUGUCAUUACUGGGUAUUGUGUAUAGAUUGACGAGAAACAUUUAAUUUAAUCGUAACAAAAUAUGGAAAAGGGGAUGGGGUCUGAAUACUUUCCGAAUGCAUUGUAUAAGCCCCAAGUGCUCUUAAUAAUGGAUUGGAUUCAUGUAACUGUUAGAGUUGAACCCCAGUAAAAGGGAAAGCAGUUACAUUAGUGGUUGAGCUGAGAACACAUCCAUAGGAUUUCUCUGUGUCUGUCGUUACUCUGCAUUUGGAAAAGCAGCAACAUCCCCUGUGGCGGUCGAGUUUAAAAGCUUUAAGUCUGUUAAGGGUUCAGAGCUUGAUAAGUUACAGCGGCCAGGGAAAUACCUGCAGAUUGGGGCUGGCUGGCUCACAUUCUCCCAGCGUGCCGCUUGUGCCUGGGGCCUCCAACUCAAAAGUGUGUUGCUGUGUGCCAGAAAUUAAAUGCGUGCUUGUUCUGUAACCCAUAGACACUGCAUACAUUGUUUCUCAAUUAAGCCAGUUGACAUAAGCAAAGUUGACAGACGUUCACUCAAUCCCUCUGCUGUGGAAUCAGGUGGACACACGGUUUUAGUGCUUACACUUUAGCCUGGUCCCAGAUCUGUUUAUGCUGAAUUGCCAACUCCUAUGGUUAUUGUCAUGUCAAACCGAGAGUACCCUGAAGGAGAGGCCUUUUUCCCCUAUGCAAACAGCACUACCCACCAUACUUUGUACGUACACACUACGGGUGCCAUGCACGGACCGUGAAGGUGACCAGGACCAGAAACGUCCUGACCAGCGCAACAAACUAAUGAGGCAGAAUUACUUAAGAAGCUUCUGACCUAAGGGGUUUGCAUGACAACGACCAUAGGAGUUGGCUAUACAGCACAAACAAAUCCGGGGACCUGGCUACUUAUGCUGACAGUGGGAGAGAAUAUGUGGAUCAGUGGUCCUUCACUACUCCAACUAUAUCCAAGUGCUUUAUCCUUCCAAUACUCAACCGCUCGUUGACUGUAUUGAUAUCUUUCAACGUUGACCAAAGGCCCUUACCCAUGCUAUAUUAUUUAGAAUUUAGAUAAAUCCAACCAUGUCAGGAUAGCCUGGUGUAUAGCUGGAUCUAGUUGUGCAUAAUAUGCGUUUUCAUGACACCAGUACAUGAAAGAUGAGUUGUCAAAAGUACAAGCAGAUAUUUGGCAUUGCCCAAGAUGAAGGUUAACUCUUAAAGACAUCUCAUCUGUUUGGCUAAGUACCUUAACUCCAAGAUUAUUUAAUUAAUGGAGUUGAGUGCAGACCUGAGUUAUUUAGAAAAAAUAUAUAUUUACGAACCUCCAACUCCUUCGAGUCGCUGUGCAGUUGAUACUUACAUUUUUUUCAAAUUCUUAAUCCCGUACCAUGUUUGUCCUCUGUUUGCAUGCCUUUCUUUGCUGAAAUCCAUACUUUUUAAUAAAACUUAGUCAAAUACAACCACUGACUGUUUCCUUUUGAGAUUUAAUUGACACAUGCGCAUUCACGCUUAGAACAACAGCAAUGAAAAAACAGUCGGUUGUAUUUUGAUUAACGUGUAAUUAAAAGUAGGCAUUUUUGCAAACAAAGGCCUGAAACAACAAAGAUAGGUACACGGUAAGGGUUUAAGUAUUUACAUUUUUGAAGAAUCGACUGCAUAGUGAGUUGGGAGGUUCAAUUAAACUCUAGUCUGUGCUCAACUUUGAGUUGAUGAACUUGGCUACGGUUUGGCAUGAGUCUAAAGGUUCAACAAUGGUGAAAGUGUCUUGAACAAUGCAUUGUCCAUGAUCAGCUAUAGGUAUAACUCUCUGAUUUAAUGACAGGUAGUUGAGUGGUUUGCAUACUCCAGUGCUAGACCUCCAGUCCCUCCCUAUCCCUACUGACCAUAAUGAAAGAGACUCUUAAUAAGUGGCUUUCAAAAACCAGCACCUUUAUUCAUGACAGUGAGCACACAAUGUACUUUUGAAAAGAAUGCAACGUUGUGAAAUCGUGUGCUUGAUCGGUUAGAUGGAAAAUGUGUAUUGUCAAGAUGAUAGAGCACUAAGCUACAUUAAAUCAAUUAAGCUCUGUAUAGCAUAAGGAAGGAGUCUGGAAUUAAGAUGGCUCCUUUUUGUCCCAAAUUUCACCCUCUCCCCAAAAUAGUGCACUAUAUAUAGGGGAUGGGGUGCAAUUUGGGACACCGGCAUUGUUUGAUGAAAAGAAGUGUACUUGACCUACAGUACCAGUCAAGAGUUUGGACACCUACUUAUUCAAGGAUUUUUCUUUGUAGUGAAGACAAUGUAGAAAAUAGUAAAAAUAAUCUAUGAACUAACACAUGUCAUCAUGUAGUAACCUAAAAAGUGUUAAACAGAGAUUCUUCUGAGUAGCCAUCUUUUGCCUUGAUGACAGCUUUGCACACUCUUGGCAUUCUCUCAACUAGCUUAACAUGGAAUGCUAUUCCAACCGUCUAGGAGUUCCCAUAUGCUGAGCACUUGUUGGCUGCUUUUCCUUUACUCUGCAGUUGUCCUCGUCAUCCCAAACCAUCUCAUUUGGGUUGAGUUUGGGUGAUUGUGGAGGCCAGGUCAUCUGAAGCAGCACUCCAUCACUCUCCUUCUUGGUCAAAUAGCCCUUACACAGCCUGGAGGUGUGUUGGGUCAUUGUCUUGUUGAAAAACAAAUGAUAGUCCCACUAAGUGCAAACCAGAUGGGAUGGCGUUUUGCUGCAGAAUGCUGUGGUAGCCAUACUGGUUAAGUGCGCUUUGAAUUCUAAAUAAAUCACUGACAUUGUCACCAUCACACCUCCUCCAUGCUUCAUGGUGGAAACGACAUGUGUAGAUCAUCCGUUCACCUACUCUGCGUCUCACAAAGACACGGCGGUUGGAAUCAAAAAUGUCAAAUUUUGACUCAUCAGAUCAAAGGACAGACUUCCACCGGCCUAAUGUUCAUUGCUCAUGUUUCUUGGCCCAUGCAGGUCUUCUUACUCCUUUAGUGGUGGUUUCUUUGCAGCAAUUCGACCAUGAAGGCCUGAUUCACGCAGUCUCCGCUGAACAGUUGAUGAUUAGAUGUCUGUUGCUUGAACUCUGUGAAGCAUUUAUUUGGGCUGCAAUUUCUGAGGCUGGUAACUAAUGAACUCUAAUGAAUGGAGCCAGUUUCAUCAUAGUUUCUUCAAGUGCAGUCGCAAAAACAUUCAGUUCUUGAAAUGAUCCGGAUUUACUGACCUUCAUGUCUUAAAGUAAUGAUGGACUCAUUUCUCUUUGCUUAUUUGAGCUGUUGUUGCCAUAAUAUGGACUUGGUCAUUUACCAAAUAGGGCUAUCUUCUGUAUACCACCCCUACCAUGUCACAACACAACUGAUUGGCUCAAAUGCAUUAAGAAGAACUUUUAACAAGGUACACCUGUUAAUUAAUUGAAAUGCGUUCCAGAUGACUACCUCAUGAAGCUGGUUGAGAAAAUUUCAAGAGUGUGCAAAGCUGUCAUCAAGGCAAAGGGUGGGUACUUUGAAGAAUCUCAAAUAUAUUUGGAUUUGUUUAACCCUUUUUUUGUUACUACAAAAACUAUUUCAUAGUUUUGAUGUCUUCACUAUUAUUGUACAAUGUUGAAAAUAGUAAAAAUAAAGAAAAGCCUAUGAAUGAGUAGGUGUGUCAAAUUGACUGGUACCAUAUUUUCCUUACUGAUAAAUGAGGCCUUUUGAAUUUAUAUUUACUUGACUUUGAUUUUUAGGUUGCGAUUAGAUUUUUAGCAUCUGCGAAAGAGUUCAUUGAAUGUACGGGCCUUGAAUUUACAGAUGUGACUUGUCUUUAUUUUCCACCAGAUCUCUUAACAGCAUUUCGAGCCAAACAUUCUAUUUUCUUAACUGCUUUGAUACAUCUCUGAAAGACUCUUUAAUAUAAAAACUACCAAAUAAUUGUAGGUACAUUCUUCUGAAUUUCUUCUAAUAAAAAUAUUUCCACAUUU